AUGGAAACAGGUGAUAGUUUACAUUAUGACCAAGAGAGUAACAUAAGAGCAAACAAAAUUCAAAAGAGAAGCAAAAAACAAAUAGAAUCGUUGGUUUAUUCCUUGAAGAAAAAUAUAAAAAAGAGUGAAGAAUUAAUAAAUAGAGCAAAUUAUUUUUUCCCCAAUGAUGAUAUGUUAGAUCAAAUUCUUUUCAAUUUGUGUAAGUGUAUACCAAAUGAUAAAGAUAUAUUGGAAAAGACUAAAAGAAUUAAGUCUUAUAACUCAGAUAUAUUUUUGGAGUUCACAGAUUCUGAUGCAGAUAGUUGGAGCAAUGAUAAUAGGUUUGAUGAUGUAAGUUUAUAUGAUGGACGUGAUAAAAAAAUUAAAUCUAAGAAUUUUAUUUUUAAGUUAGAAGGAGAAAAUGAAAAAAAAGAAAUAAAUAAAACAAAUCCUUCUUCUUGUGUAGAAUGGCUUGGGUUUGUUAAUGAAGCAAAUGGGUAUGCAGCCGUGAAAAUUUUUUCUCCUUUUAUUUAUCAAGAAUAUUAUACUUAUGUAAAUAGGCUCGUAUUCUUUUUAUUUCAAAAAACAAAAUGCCUUCAAAUAGGGGACUUUUUAAACAACCACAAAUUCUUAUAUAUAACUAUUCCAUUAUAUAUGAAAUGUAAAAAUAAGCUAUGCGUAAAACUAUCACAUAUCGACGUGUCAAAAGAUUCUUACAUUUAA